AUGGCGUAUGCUGCUGCAAAACUCGCAAGCAGCUAUAUACUGUCUUACCCCGUCCACGAUCAUCUCCUCGAAACGGUUUUGGAGUCCAUCGCCAUGGAGCUUCGUUCCUUGUCACCGCUUCUCUUACACUACACCAACAAGGAGGGCGCCAAGCUCAGACUCGAUCCUCUCGAAGAACAAAUAGAAGACGCAUUAGACAACUUUUUAGAUCUCUUCGAAUCUCAUAUCACUCCAGACCGAUUUCUUCCCAAACCUAUCGACUCUCAAACCCAAACUACUAACCCUAAGCAGCAGAUUACAGACUAUCCUCUCAAAGAGUUCAAACGUCUCCGUCAACAGAUCGCCGCUUUAGCAGAGGAAUUCAAGGUCAAGUUGCUGCUCAACGACCGUGAAGAAAAACGCAAUCGCCGCCCCGACCUCGCCGUCGACGAUUUCGAUUUCGAUUUCGAUUUAUCCAGAAUCUAUCAGCCUUCUCCGAUCCCGAGGUGUAGCAAUCCUGUCGGAUUGGACGACGAACUAAAUCACCUUAUCGACAGAGUUAUGGGAGACUUUCAUUCAGUCAACUGGACCGCAAUCGCCAUUACCGGCAUGGCAGGUAUCGGAAAAACUACUCUGGCUCGACAAAUCCACGACCAUCCAUCAGUUUCCGCUCACUUCGACACGCGCAUUAUGAUAACCGCCGGCCCAAAACUCAGGUUUCGAAGUUUUCUAUUGCUUCUUCUUCACCAUUUUGGCAAUUUUACUGCCGAAACCCUACAGAAGUUGAAGGACGCAGAAUUAGAGCAACUUCUUCAGGAAUUCCUAAAUGGUCGACAAUACCUAAUUGUGGUAGACGACGUGUGGAGGCCGGACAUAUUCGGCAAUCUCUGCCGAAUUCUGCUCGGCGACACAAGCGAAAGUCAGAUCAUCUUCACCAGCAGGCGCUCCGACAUUUUCCCCGCCGGAAUGCUUCACGUCAAGCAUUUCCUCAGCGACGAGGAUAGCUGGGAACUCCUUCGAGACAGGGUGUUCCCAUGUCCCGACGAAGAACACUGCAGCUACCAGUUAGAGAUAAUCGGGAAGCAAAUCGCUAGAAACUGCGAAGGCCUUCCAUUAGCAGUGGUUUCUGUGGCUAAACUCCUCUCUGAAAACGAGAAGACAGUUGAAUACUGGAAGAAAGUUUCAGAGGACGACAAUCCGCUCAACAUUGGUGAAGACGACGACACAGAGAUAUCCAAAUCUUUGUAUUUGAGCUACCAAAUGUUGCCUCAAAGUCUCAAGGCCUGCUUUCUCUAUGUAGGAUUGAUCCCCAAGAGUUACAAAGCGAUCUCCAAUUUUAACCUAACUAGAUUGUGGCUUGCUGAGGGAUUCCUUACGCCAGAGCCGGGAGUGUUGAUCGAAGACAUUGCGACGGCGAUAUUAUCUGAGCUAGCUUCCCAAAGUGUCGUCCUGGUUCAUCAGUGGAGCUCGAUGGGACCGAUCAAGACAUGUCGAGUCCAUACGGUGUUUCGAAACCUCUGCGUCGGUGUGGCUCAAAAACAGGAGUUCUGCUAUGUGUUCAAGAAGUAUUCGUAUAGUUUUCCUCGAGGGAUUAAUUGGCAGCCGCGGAUAUGCUUCCACAACAUAUCGAUCCUUAGCAUCCAAGAAGUGCGCAGCACGUUAAAAUCGAUCCCUUCUAUUCGAUCGUUUCUCUGUUUCGGGCCACGACAGUUGUAUCCUUUUCAUGUGGAAUUCGGUUUCGAAUCGUUGAGGACGUUAGAUGCGCAACGAAUCCGGUUUUACGAAUUCCCUAAUCAAGUUCUCGACUUAUGUCGCUUGAAGUACCUCGCCGUAACAUACGAUGGAAAGCUCCCCGAGUCGAUAUCAAAGCUGUGGAGACUUCAAGUCUUGAUUGUCGAUCGACAUCACUCUGUGAAAUCACCCGACGGGCAUUUGUAUCUUCCGGUGGAGAUUUGGGAUUUGAAAUGGCUGAGGCAUCUACAAUGCCCCGGCGCUGAUCUUCCCGACGAGGGUCGAAGAGGCGUCGACGGAUGUGACGAGUAUCCUAUCCUAAAUCACCUCCAAACUUUGUCAGGCGUUAGUCCUCGUAGCUGCAGGCCGAGGAUUCUCGCAAGAAUGCCGCGGUUGAGGAAGAUCGGGAUUCGGAUUCAGCUCGCUCCCCAUGAAAACGAGGAUUUGAGCUUCUUUGGAAACAUUGCGCAACGAUUCUCCCGCAGGUUGAUGAAAGUGAGGUCGCUGAAAUGCGUUGUCUCGGCUACGAAAUCCCAAAUGGUAUUAGCCCCUGGAAAUGGCAUUCCCAUCUUCCCUGUUCGUGUGGUGAAGCUGGCAUUGAGUGGAUGCAGACUUCCAUGGGAGUGUAGCUUGAGUGCCAUUGGCAGGCUGCGACACCUUGAGGUGUUAAAGCUGCGGUGGCGUGCCUUCGACGGCAGCGUUUGGGAAUUACCUGAGGGGGGUGGAUUUGGGAGUAGCUUAAGAUACUUGUUGAUGGAAGAUUUGGAUGUUGAGGAGUGGAGGGGUCAUCACCAUGGGCACUUCCCUAAGCUGGAGAGACUGGUGAUUAGGCAUUGCUACAGAUUGCAGGAGAUUCCUGUGGAGCUUGCAUUGGGGAAGAUGAAGAUGAUUACGGUGGAGGAGUGCAGGCCGAAGCUUGGGACGGUGGCGCGGCGGAUACAGAUGGAGGGCGAGGCCGCCGGAAAACGGAUUCAGGUUGAGAUCUUGUCUUCCUUUCUUGAAUGAAUUAAGAUAAGAGAAGAUCAUCGUUUCUGAUCAUGCAUCCUGAACCUGAUCCAUUCAGUUGAUCUAAAACGUGCUGUUGGACCUUGCACACUUAUGGAAUCCGAAACUCCUUCCAGCUGGCCGUUGCUGUUUGAAAAGUUGCAGGUUCAAGAUAUUAAUGGUGAAAAAAAUAAAUUAUUUCGUGUAAACUAUAAUAAUAUUAGGGUGAACAAACCCAAGUUUUCAUACUUAAAAAAUCAUUUGUAUAUGGGCCUAAGAAGAAUUAUACUAAAAAGUUGUCUUAUGAAACAUUAUUUAUAUGAUGAAAAAUUAAAGGGAAUAAAUUGCCUUUAAAAUUUUGAUAGUAUAAAAUAAUUGUAUAAACUAUAGUGAUUAAGAGCAAGUUAUAAAUUUUGAUUCUUUGAA